CUCGUUGCGUGCUUCUCAUGCGACCUUUGCGCCGGUAGCUCGAACGACAAAGAGACGUAGCAAAGUACAGGAGCUCGUGUGACGGGAACAGACCGAAAAUAAAAUACUCCAAGGAGCGCAUAUUGACGUAAAGCGGGGAGGGUGAAGGCGUCGCGGACCACAAGUGAAUGAUAUCGCAUUCAUUGUUCGGGAUCUGCUCCAAAUUUUCGCCGACGAACGAGCAAGGAAGCCAGAGGCGUACGAGCUCUUCUCGGGAGGACGAGGUGCUGAGAUCGUCAGGCUGAGAAGCAGGGCUUUAAGGGUUUUCUCGCAAUCGGGAGAGAGGCGGUUCCGAAAUCGCACGAAAAGAGCAUGAUGAGCUCCUCCACCAGGCGGCAGAGACACCCCAGGCCUAUCAAGCAAUGCUCGGAGUGUCGGCGGCGGAAGAAAAAGUGCGACGGCUAUGGCGCCCGAGAUGGAGGGGCCUGCGGUCCAUGUCGUGAAAGAGGCGUCUCUAAUCGCUGUCACUGGGGUGGCGACUUAGCCUCAUCGCCAUCGUCUCACCCAGUCCAGUUUGAUGAACCCCCACGCACGAGGCCGCAUCCCGAGAGCGUGGCCUUAAUCAACGAGCUCACGCAGGCCGAUACUUUCUCGCCCGCAAGAAAUCAAGAGGAACGAAGGAGUGCUCCGAAACGCAGCUUCCCGAGCCGCUCCCAAGCUCUUAAUCUGGCCCAAAUCUACGAAGAUCAGCUCUGCUUUGGUGGUCUCCACGUCAUCGAUUUUGAUGCGGUGAGAAGAGGUGCUGAAGAGCUGCCGAAGAUCGAGCAGAAUGACUUGCUGGCGCUCGUUCUGCUCCUUGCCGCCUCGACCCUGGACCUACUGCCGUCCUCGUACGCCAUUUCACUCGGACUCGUUACUAGAUCCGAAGAGAUCGAAGCGCUGGUCAGACACUGGACCGAUGAGGGUCUUUCCGCUCUCAUGGCGUGUGAUUUGUACCUGCAGCCGACAAUAUUGGCUGUACAAGCGUUGGUUGUCUAUCAGUACAAUCUUGUCGAACACGGAGAAUCAUUUCGAAUGGUACAGACGAUCGAUCUGGCAAUCAGGGCUGCCAGAAAGCUAGGAUUGGACCGACUCAGGUCGAUGGAGGAGGACGAAGCGCUGUGGGCGCAGCAAGACGAGCAGCAGCCUGCCCCCACGCUUGCUUACCACUCAUGCGGAGAGUGGGCCGUGGAGACGCUUCGCUCGAGAGACAGGAGGGCAAGGGAGCUUGGUAGGUCCCAGUGGUGGAUGCUCACCUCGAGAGACUGGGCUGGGACACGACAGCAUGGCUCCUACAGCAUCCACCCCAACAGCUUCGACACGCAGCCUCCCCAGCUCGUCAUCAACGGCAGUCAAGAUCCGUGGGACUAUCUCGUACAGGCUUCCGAUGUUGCCAGAAGGUUCAGCGACCUAUGUGCCCAGGCGGCAACGUCAACCUUGACUGGCCAUCUGAGCUAUGCGGACGUGCUGGCCUUUGACGCAGAAGUACAGCAGCUUCUUGAGCGGAGGCCCCCGUGGCUGCGGCCGGAAGAAGAGCAAAGUAGACCAAAUGGAGGUGCACAAACAUUCAUCGUCGACGCCUUUGGGAGACGCAAAGAGAGUCCAUUUCUGCCGAUAUUGCUUUCAUGCACCCUCUGGCACCGCCUCUUUGUCAUCCAUCGGCCUUUCUUGGCCCUGAGCAUUAGCGAUCCUAGCCAGUACGGCCUGUCGGAUACGAGAACGUGGGAUGUGGCUAUCCUUUUCCUCGAUGUCACGAGAAGAGGUGUCGAUAAAGGCAUGCUUCUGAUCAACCAAGCCGUCUUCCUCUAUCGGACCCAGCAAGCCGCACUGGUCCUCAUCACGCAUCUGUUGCUUGGCGCAGUGGCUCAAUGCACGCCUCGGCCUUCGCUAGCUGAGCGCAUUCAGAUUCACGGCCUCAUCACCUUUGCCAUCAUGACUCUCAAGCGCAGAGGCGCCGGCAACAAGCUCGAAGCGCUAGUCGCAUCAUGCUCUCCUUGGAUGAACGAGCAAGUCAUUCCUUCCUAUACCCUUCCCCACCCACCUUCUUCUUCCAUUCCUCCUUCAUCUUCGCUGCUCUCCCCAACGUCGAGCGCAGACCUACCCCACGGUGCUCAUCAUCAGCAUCAUCAUCAUCAUCAUCAUCAGCAGCAGCAGCAGCAGCAGCGGGAUCAAGCCCCUCCUCCUCCUCCCACGGUGGCGGAUAUCACCAAUCUUUUCGAUCUCGACACACAACUGUUUCGCCUUGACAACAGCGCCCCUGACGACGGCGGCGAGAUCUGGCAUCAUCUUGAUGGAAUCUUCCGUGGCGGCAACGCAUCAUCAUGAGGUCCUGACCGUGACACUCGCCGUUGCACACAUUCAUGAAAAGAAAUGCAAUUUUGGGCAAUAGAAGACGAGAUUUACGCCUGCCCGUGUUUCUCCU